AUGAACUGGAAUUCCGAGGAGCUGCGUGGCGGCGCGCGCACCUCGCUCGUGACGGACAUCACCGGCCCGGUGGGGUGCCCGUCGUUUCCCGAGGUGCAGCGGUUGUACAUCCCCGAGGUGGCGGCGACCUCCCUGUCGACGAUGCUCAUGGGCGGCCCCGAGCCGAUCGCCACGUCUACCCCCAUUCGAGGUGUGCUGCCCGAGAGCCGGGAGACGAGCUUCGAGCGCGACGUCGAGCAGGCCAAGGACUUUUUGCGAAGGGCCAAGCUUAGGGACACCGGGCGCUACGCACGCAACAGCCAGUCGGCCGACUCGUGGACUUCCGGCAGCAUGGACAUGUCCACUCAAGGCUCCGUCCACCCCUUCGACGUCACCCCGUUUCCGGUGAAAGAGCGCGUGAAGCCGGGCAGGGAGGAAGUCCUCGGCCAGCUUCGUCAGCACAUCACGCGCAAGGAGGCUCCGCCCGCCCAGAGGACUGAAUCUGAAGACCCACUUGAGCGCCUCUACGCCUCGCUGCAGCCUCAGCAA